CGGUACUUUUACUCAUGCGUUGCCACUUAUUGUAGAGGGGCUUGGUUCAGUUGUGUUAGUGUUCUAUGUGAGGGCCUGCCUAAAAGGCGCCUACUGUUCGUAUGUGAUAUUUGCUGAUACCGAACACUCCUUGAAUUCAGAUAAAGAUGUGGUCCCGAACAAUAUUAGCAUUCGCCUGCAUCGCGGCGGCUAGCGCUUCACUUGAAGUAGUGAACCAAUGGAGUUUCCUCCAAUUUGACUUCCCACCAGACCCAGUGCUGUUGGAGAAGUUUCAGCCGGAAAACACCGUCCCCACCGGCCUAGAGAUCGGAUGGGAUAGAGUGUAUUUGGGAAUACCGCGACUGCGCGCUGGUGUACCAGCCACCUUAGCGUGGGUACCACGCUCAUUGCCACCUGGUGUCAGUCCAGUUUUACAGGCGUACCCUGACUGGUCAUGGCACACAGCUGGAAGAGGAGACAUCAACUGCACAGGUCUGAUCUCCGUGUACCGUGUAAGAGCUGACCGAUGCAAUCGUCUUUGGGUCCUGGAUGCUGGAGUAGUGACGAGUAUUGAUGACUUCCGUCGCGUAUGCCCGCCAAAGAUACUCGUAUUCGAUAUGGCAACCGAUCGUCUGGUUAGAAGUAUUUACUUCCCACGAGAGCUGCUACGACCAGCGUCUCUCCUCACCAACAUCGUUCUUGAUGACACCAGGUCGAACGCCCACCAUGCAGCCAAUUGUGACAACAUCUUUGCCUACAUUAGUGACACUGUUGCUCCUGGUAUUAUUGUAUACGACGGUCGUCGUGACAACGCGUGGCGCGUCACCCACGCCUCUAUGUACCCAGACCCUGACAUGGGAGAAUACGACAUCGGUGGAGACAAGUUCACUCUUAUGGACGGCAUUGUUGGUUUAACCCAUUCGCCGGCCCAAGGUCUAUUGUAUUAUCAGCCUUUGGCUACUGACAGAAUAUUCAGCGUGUCAACAGCAGUAUUGGCUUCCGGUCCGCCAGCGGAAGGUGCUGAUUUGCCAGUCAAUCUAGUCGGUCGCAAGUCCUCUCAGGGCCUUGGUAUUGCCGUUGAUCCAAGGGAUGACACCAUAUUCUUCAGCCCCAUGACAGAAACCGCUGUCGCCGCCUGGAAUCCCAUCACCAAUUCACAUAGAGUUUUAGCCCAAGACGCUGAGAAAUUGCAGUUCUGUGCCGAGGUGAGAUGGGCGGAGCGUGACAACGGCGCCAUUUGGGUGCUCUCAACCAGAUUCCACAAAUUCUUCAAGAGAUCUGUCUCGAAGCAUGAGAUCAAUGUACGCGUAUUGCGUAUAGUCGAAGGCGGGUACGGCGGCUACUUAUCACUCCAACCCCACAUACAACGUCGCUCAACAGCUAACCUUACCUCUAACUUCUAAAUUAUUGAAACAGACGACAGACUCUUAUACCAAGAAAUUCUAAUCUAAACUACUCUUUUGUGCCUUUCUAUCAUAUUGUGUAUACUCUGAUGAAAAGAGACAGUCGAAUACUUUUAUUAUAAACGUAUAUGAUGUAUUUAUUUAUAGAUUUAUCCAAAUCAAAAUAUAAUUUAACAGUUGAUAUUUCUGAGACCAGAUGAUUUUGAAUGGAAUUUAGAGCUAAAUUCAAGCAAAAGUGAUAAAUCUUCGAAUUUAUAUACCAACUGGCCGACCCGAAUCGUAUUUAGAAACAUGUCUGCAAAAAUAUAUUUUAACUGUUCUAUCACGUUAACAAUACGAUUCUUGAUAAAUAAUAAUAAUAAUAAUUGAAAACUAUGGAUAAAUACGUCUGUCGUCUUUUAGUUAGAUUAAAGCCUUACAGUGUUGUCGGUUAAAUCUUACUCGACGGUCUCAAAGAGUAAAAAUUAUCUGAAUUCAUACAUCAAAAAUAUCAAAUAAAUUGGAAUUUGAUAUAUGUGUAAAAGUACCAAGAGGUACCAAACUCCAAUCCAUAUUUAAAUAUAUACGAAUUAAGAUAGUUCUGGCUUUGAGCCUAGCCUAAGACCUAUAUUAUAUAAUAUACAGUACAUACUAUGUAACCGUAUACAACAAGUCGCGAUGUUCCGAGAUGUACUUUUAAGUUCUGAUUAAUGAGAAAUAAUUUCGUGAAAAAAGAUUCAAAAAUAUUCUUGUGAAUAAUUUAAACAAACAAAAAAGUAACAGAAUGCUACAAAACAAAUGAACUAAGUGAAAAAUGCUUUACCAUUCAUUAGAGCCUGUUUUCAUGUAAAUAAUAGUCGAAUAUAUUUCGAAGCAAGCAUAAGUUUUAGGAAAAUAUCUCGCUAGUACUACAUAAUAGUCACAUGCGAUUAUCAGAAAAAUACUAUUUGAAAAUGAUAUGGAAAUUAUAUAGUCGACGCCAAUUUACUGUAACAUUGCUUAAACUAUAUAAAUACUAUUUAAAUGCCUCAGAUUUUAAAUCACACGACGAAAGAAUUAAAAAACAGAAAUAAUUAAGUAUGAGAAUAAAAUUCGAUCAUUUUAUAGCCAUAUUUGUCCGAGGCGCCUUUAUUUUAAGUUAUUUAACAGCAUGUUUGUGUAUAUGUAUUAUAAAUUGUAACUGAAGCCAGUUUGUAAACAUUUGCUUGUAUAAGAUGAUUAAAAUUCCGUUCAAAAUCCGAAAAAGUACUGUCAGCAAACACAGCCAAAAAAUAAAAUAUAAUUUAUUGUUUAAAUCAAUUAUUUGUAUUUUGAUGUCUAUAAGCUUAAAUAUCAAGUGACAAUUUCAUAUUUCAUUACUUAUCACUUACAACAUAGAUGUUUAUUAGUAAUCAGUAACGAGUAGUGUUAAUGUAUAAUAAUAAUAAUAAAAGUAAACUAUAAAUGAGACACACACACACAAAUCACGCAGGAUUAGGUAUAUGAU